GUUUAGCAAUUUUAUUGUUAAAGAUUAACUCUUCAUGCAGGUGUUUUUACCAAAAAUGAAGACGGCAGUUUUAAAAUUAGUUUUAAGUAUUGCCUUGACGCUUACCGUGGCUGAUGAUGAUGUGGUAGAGAUUCUAAGUUGUUCACGUACUACUGAUAAACUAAAUACCAAUGAAGUAACGCCAAUAAAAUAUGACGUUGAACUCACAUUAACGCCGCAUAUAAAAGUUAUAUCGGGAAAAAUAGAUAUUACGAUAACAAUUAAGACAACAACGUCAAAAAUACGUCUAUACGCACACGACUUAAGAGUGAAUGAUUGGUGCGUAAGGAUUGUACGGCCGGAUGAAAGUACAGAUUGUAAGAGCGGUUCACUUGGCAGACUGAAAUCUCAAUUACUUUGUUCCAAAUAUGAGAUAUUAUUAUUAGAGUUUGCUAAUUCAAUAUAUCGCGGACAAUAUAUCUUACAUCUAGAAUAUACCUCUCCUUUCGAAGAAAAUUUAUACACGAUUAAUUAUCCGUACUCUUGGAUAGGAAUUGAAAAAAGGUACUUGAUUACAAACCUAUAUGAACUGAACGCAACACGAGGACUGUUUCCGUACUUGGGUGAUGUGAAAACAAAGGCACCUGUGCAUUUAACAGUGAAACAUAAUAAAUUAUACACGGUUUUUUCGAAUGUGCACUCAUCGAAUAUAUCGUACUCUUCUACCGAUACUGAUGAAUUCAAAUUGAUCAAUUUCCAAGACUCUUCCAUAAUACCCAGUUAUAUGUUUGCGAUUGCGAUGAUACAUGGUAUCACAAAAAAUCCUACAGAAACAUUCCAUCAACUAUGGCACAGACCGAGUGUAGUGACAACACACGUAGAAAAGAUAAUACAUAAUGUGAUGUUAAGUUUUGAGCAGAAAAUAAAGUUGGAUGUAACAAAGUUUCUAAAGAAAAUUGAUCAUAUCAUACUGCUUAAUAAUCCUGUAAAAUCCGCAGGAAAACCUGGACUCAUUAUUUAUAGCGAAAAAGAUGUUACAUACGAACAGGAUACAGACUUUCCAGGUCAAUAUAUUCAUGUUGCGAGAACGAUAGCAUACGAAUUGUCACGCCAAGUGUUCGUGGGUUAUAUGAAUUCACAUUUAAAGAGUGGCUGGUGGAUAAACAAGAUGCUUACGUCCUUUUACAGCUAUUAUGUUUUAGAUCAGAUAUUCGACACGUGGACAAUGGACCUAUUCGUAGUUCAAAAUCUUCUAACUGUUCUAAAUUACGAUAUUCCUAUAAAGCUGAAAACUACUAUAUAUAAUAAUAAAGAUGAUGGAAUUGAUAGUUUACUUUACUCUCUCUUGUAUGAGAAAAAAGGAUUUGUUCUAUUUCGUAUGCUUUUCUAUCUACUUACUCCGGAAAAGUUUAAUGAGGCCGUCAAUGAAUAUAUACAUUCACACACUACGGAUUUGUGGACCAUUCUGCAAAAGAAGUAUUUUCGACAAGACAAGACAAAAUAUAGUAUAAAACAAAUAAUGGAAACAUGGUUAUUGGAAAAAUCCUACCCUGAAAUUACAUUCGAACGUGAAUAUACCUUAACAAACUAUAACUCUAGCAAGCGUUUCCUUAAUAAGGUACCUUUGUAUAUGUAUGUACCUCUUACUUAUGCUAUUCCAAAGGAUAUCAAUAUCUCGCAUGUAGAUGUAGUUUGGUAUGAAGGGGGUGAGAAGGAAUAUAUCUAUGGCGCCAAUGCAAAACAAUUUUUCUUAGUCAACUUGGAAUUAGUUGGUUGCUAUCGCGUUAAUUACGACGACAAGAAUUGGCAGCUACUUUCCGCUCACUUAAAGAGCAAUUCUACACCGAGCAUACCUGUUCUCAAUCGUGCACAGAUUGUGAACGAUGCAUACUAUUUUACAAUAGCUGAAAAAUUAUCACCGACAGUCUUCUUCGAUGUCAUUCAAUUCCUGCAUAACGAGACAGAUUACAUAGCAUGGUAUCCUAUGUUUAAUAUUUUAUCAUAUAUGUCGGCUUAUUUACCAAUCGCACAUGAAGAAUUAGCGAGGCUAAACUUUUUGAACAUUCUGGAUGGACUUCUUAAAAACGUAGGAUAUGACCAAAGUCCAGACGACGAAACUAUGACGAUGGCGUUAAGAUUAUUAGCAAUAAAAUGGGCCUGCAAACUCGGUCAUAGCACAUGUAGAAACGUUACUGCCAACAAAUUGAUAACGUAUAUAUAUAAAUAUGACUCGUACAUGACUCCGUGGUUGACCAGCUGGAUGUAUUGUGCGGGAAUGAUGUCUGUAAACUUAACUGUUUGGUAUGACAUUUUGAAUAUUGCUACUGAACAUAAAAAUGAGGAACUUUUAGAAAGCCUAUCUUGUUCAGAAAAUGUACAAGUAAUUUUGCAUUAUUUAAACUUGAUACUAUAUACGAAUAUUGGACAGCAAAAAAGAUUAAAUAUGGGACAAAUAUAUCAUUCUGUUAUAAAGAAACAUGUGAGGAAGGAUGCUGUGUUUCAAUAUGUGUUAGACAAUUAUAAUUACACACUGACAAGAUUCCCCAAUUUUAAUAAUGUCACUCUAAUGGGUAAUAUCAUUAUGAAUCUGGAUAACGAGGAACAACUAGAGGAGGUACGCUACUACAUAAACAAAAAAUUUUUGAAAAAAGAUUAUCAACUAUGGAAAACGUGCAUAAGAUUGACUCAAGAACGACUACGUCAAGUAAUGAAACUGCGGGAUAAAUUUAGGAUAAAUGACGUGGUGAGACCAAUGUUGACACUCUUAUAUGACACUACCAAUAAUCGUUAUCAUCGUCAGUUGGCAUUGAUUUAUCGAGAAGAUAUUAUGCCAAAAAUGGGGACGGCAUUUUUAAAAUUUCUCUUUAUCACUAUUCUGACUCUCACUCCUAUAUUUGUUGUGGCUGAAUAUAUACGUACAAAAAAUUGCUUCCUUAAUACUGGCCGAUUAUCCAUCGAUGAAGUCGUACCAUUAAAAUAUGAAGUUGAACUCACAUUAAUGCCGCAUAACAAUAAUAUAUCAGGCACAACUGAUAUUAUGAUAAAUAUGAUAAAAUCAAGGACAUAUAUACGUUUACACGCAAGCGAUUUGGAAAUAAAAUACUUAAUAAUUACAAAGCCUGAUAGAUAUGGUCAAUAUCCAAAAGGAAAACUCGACGAAAACUCGAUUCAUAGACCAAAGGAAUUAAUAUUUUGUUCAGAAUAUGAAAGUGUAUUAAUAAUCUUUCACGAUCCCAUACCUUCUGGCAAACACAUUUUACGUAUUCAACACUCUUCUCCUGUCGAAAAUAAUUUGUACAAGAUCUAUUAUCCGUAUUCUUGGACCGGAAUUGAAAAAAGGUGGCUGAUCACGAAUUUAUAUGCACCAAACACGAUACGAAGACUGUUUCCAUGUUGGGACGACCCAGCUGUAAAGGCAUCUUUUCGCAUUAAAGUGAUUCAUGAUGAAAGAUUCGUGGUUCUUUCGAAUAUACCCUCACAGUCUUCUUACAAACAUAAUCUCGGGCGUGUAUGGACGUAUAUUAAUGAAACCUCGAUACCUACUCACUUGCUAGCAAUUAUGGUGGUCCGUGGUAUCAAAAUCGAUUAUGUAGAAUUGAUACCUAUAGGCAUCCAUCAUAUAUGGCACAAACCGGGAUUCACGACACCAUAUAAAUAUGCACAAACUAUAAUACAUAAUAUUUCGUUAUCUAUUUCGUGGGAUACAACCUUCAAUUUAACGACAUAUUUGACAGAGCUUAAACAUGUCAUUCUUCCUAAUAGUCCUAUGAAGUCCGCGGGAAAACGAGGACUCAUUAUUUAUAGGCAAACGGAUAUUACAUACAAUAAUGGUAUAGACUUUCCCGGUCAACAGAUUCAUGUUGCAAAGGUGGUAGCAUAUGAAUUGGCACGUCAAUUAUUCAGUUUUAUGGAUCCAAGUUUAGACAACGAGUGGAUAAACGAGAUACUCGCGUCCUUCUAUGGCUAUUAUAUUUUACAUGAGAUGUGGAGCGAUAAGACUAUGGAGUUGUUCGUAGUCCAAAAUUUUCUGACAGUUUUAGAUUAUGAAAAUUUUUUAAAGCUGGAAUUUAAUAUACAUCAAGCCAAGAACGAUGGAAUUGAUGGAUUACUUUACUCUCUCUUAUAUCAUAAAAAAGCAUUCGUUCUAAUUCGUAUGCUGCUCCAUCUUGUCACUCCGCAAAAUUUUCGCCUGGCCUUGGGGAAGUAUAUAAACUCAUGGUAUAAAUCCGAUCGCCCGGAAUUAUGGACCUGUCUGCAAAACGUAUAUUCUCAAGAAGGCAAUACCAUAAAAGAAAUAAUGGAAUCAUGGCUAGUGGAAAAAUACUAUCCUGAAAUAAAAUUCAUACGUGAUUAUAAUACGGGAACAGUGGAGUAUCGCGCGACAUUCGCCAGUCAAAACAACGUUAGUAAGAUACCUCUGACUUAUGCUACACCGGAAACUAUCAGUUCCUACAACACCUCGAAUGUAAUUUGGUACGAAGGACGUCUGUCGAAGUUUAUUACUGACGUUGAUCCACAACAAUUUUUUCUAGCCAAUAUGGAACUAGUCGGUUAUUAUCGCGUUAAUUACGACACAAAUAAUUGGCUACUACUUGCCGCUUACCUACAGUCGGCCAAUUCUGCACGCAUACCUGCCCUAAAUCGCGCACAGAUUGUCAAUGAUGCAUUUUAUUUUACAAUAAUGGGCAAACUAGAAUCCGCUGUCUUCUUCAAUGUCACUCAUUUCUUAAAGAACGAGAUAGAUUAUAUUGUAUGGUAUCCUAUGUUUAAUAUCUUUUCGAAUAUGUCGACUUAUUUAAAAUAUCCAGAGGCUGAAUUAGUGAGGGAAAAAUUUGUGGAUCUCCUGAGUGGACUACUUGAGAAUCUGAGCUACAAAGAACGUCCAAACGAAGAUGCUAUGAUGGUGCCGUUAAGACUAUUGGCAAUAAAGUGGGCCUGCACACUGAAUCUUACAGACUGCAAGAAAAAAGCUGCCAGCAAUUUAAUGGAGUAUAUGAACUACUACACAGACACAAUUCCAUGGAUGAGCAAUUGGAUGUUUUGUGAAGGAAUGAAGGAUGCAAACUUGACUGUUUGGGAAGAGAUUUUUCAUGUUGCUAGUCAACAUAAACAUACGGAGCUGUUAGAGAGCUUAUCUUGUUCGGAAAAUGUAACAGUUAUUUUGCACUAUUUGGACUUGAUGCUGAAUAAUCAUCUUGAAGACGAAUUAAAAUUACAUAAAGGAAAAAUGUUAGGAUUACCUAUAGGAAAAAUGUUCCAGACUGUUCUGAAGAAACAUGUGAGGAGAAGUGACGUGUUGAAAUUUGCGUUAGAUAAUUAUAACCAAAUAAUGAAAAGAUUCCCCUAUGACUUAAAUAAUACUACUUUUAUGGCUAAUAUCAUUAUGAAUGUGUAUAAUGACAAAGAACUCAACAAGAUAAUGAAUUUCACAAAAAAGGAAUUUUUGUGUGUCGAUCAACUGUGUCCAUUCUUAAGCUGGAUUGAAAAACAACGACAUCAAAUAAUGAAAGUGCGACACAUGUUUCGAAUGUUUUAAGACAAUAGAAAGAAAAUUGAUAUCGUAACCUUCCAAGUAAGCAAGCAAAUCAGCAUCGACACACGCGAACAAAUAGCUCCUACCAUUAAUUUUAUGAAUUGCAAUAUUUUUUUAUAUAUUUAUAUGAAACAUAUUUAUAAUAAACACAACAUAACGUUUCUUCUUUCAUAAUUUAUA